AAAGAGCCGAUAUACCGAACACCAAUAUACCGCAAUUGCAACACGUGCGAGUUUCGCUCUCUCUCCAGAUAAUAAAUAAAUUAUAUUUUACAAAGGAUCUGCAAACUAAAGCACCAUGUUAAAGGCUAAAAGGAAACCUGGCCCGUUGGCGCGAGCACCGAAAAAAUCAUCAAAGAAAGCCGCCCGACUGGAUUCCCAAGAAGAUUCAGCUGCUGAGGAACACAGUGAUUUGGAACAGUCCAGUCCAAGCACCGAUGAUGGCUUCGAUGAACCGAAGUCCACUUCAGCCAAGAAUACUUCAAUAGUUCACAAGGCAAAGACGAACAAGUUUAAGCAGAGGGAUGAGUCCAAAAACGUGAAGCCACCCACUCUAGAAGAGAUGAAGGAACUGCGCGACACCCAGAACCUAUUUCACUCCAAUCUCUUCAAGCUGCAGGUCAAAGAGAUGCUAGAGGAACUGCAGCUUAAACCCAAGUACACAGAGUUCAUAGAAAGUUGGCUGGAGUCAUUUACGGUUUUUACCCGGCAACUUAAGGAUGGUUUAUUGGAUCGGACCCACUUGGAGGUGCCUCUAAACUUGCCUCAGGCGCCAACCAGCUUCGUUUUCUCGAAACCCACUAGGGAACCCUAUUUAAUUGGAGCGGCCGCAAUGGGAACCUUGCUAGGUCCUAAAAUCGUGAUGGACGUGGCACUGGAGAUGCCCAAGGAAUCCCUGCACAAAGACGAUUAUGUAAACCUUCGCUAUGACCAGAAGCGAGCUCUGUAUCUAACUUAUGUGGCUGAGAGAAUGAUGGAGUCCCCAACCUACUCGCAGGAUAAGUUCACCUUUAAUUACUAUGCGAACAAUCCGCUCAAACCGAUUUUGGAGCUAACUCCAGUAGCCAAGCAAGUGACAAAGCAUCUUCAGGUCCGCCUGUUCAUCACUGCUCCGCUGAGCAGCUUCAAGCCAGGAAGAUUCGUGCCCUGGAACAACAAUAUUCGACCCGCCUUCUACGGGGACGAGUGGGAUGAGGAGGAGCCGCUACCUCCCACCCAACACUACAACGCCAACGUGUUGUUUGAUUUGACUUUAAGCGAAAACCAGGCGCAUAUAGAACAAAUCUUUAAAGGCAGGCGAAACUUCCAAGAUGGUUUACUUCUUCUUAAAGUCUGGCUGCGUCAGCGGGAAUUGGACAUCGGUUUCACUGGUUUCAGCUCCCAUAUUCUUGCCGCCUUUAUUGUGUACCUAAACUCGCAACGCAUCCUGCACCAGUCGAGCAGCAGUUACCAGGUGGCUCGAACCGUUUGGAACCAACUGGCCAACUCUGACUGGACAAAAGGCAUUACGUUGGCUCCUGCUUUAAUCCAAAAGAAAGAAGAAUUAACCAAAUUCUCAGAACACUACGAUGUCUGCUUCAUGGACGUUACUGGUCAGCUUAACCUGUGCGCGAAUGUUCCACUUUCCAUUUAUCAAAGAAUUCGAGAAGAGUCUAAACUAGCAGUGGAUUUACUUAAUGACAUGAAGCUAAACAGUUUUCCGCUUAUAUUUAUGCAAAAGUGUCCAUUGUACAGCCGCGUGGAUAACAUCUUGAAGAUCACCAACUAUUCGUGUAUUAAUCAGAUGCUUUUGCUGCAUUCCCAGCCUCGAUUAAAAUACGACUAUGCGAGAUAUGGUUAUCCCCAACUUCUGCACAUUUUGACAGAGCUCCUUAAAAAGGGACUUGGUGAGCGUGUCCACUCCAUUAUUCCUUUGGAAAGAGCAACGACCGCGUGGCCUGUAGAACACAAAGCUCCAGUUAUUGGAAAGCAUAUCCAACUGGGGCUGAUACUCCAUCCAGAGCACGCCUACGAGGUGUUGAACAAAGGACCCGCUGCCAACGAAGAUCCCGAAGGGGCUGCUGAGUUCCGACGGUUCUGGGGAGAAAAGUCGAACCUUCGGCGGUUUCAGGAUGGCAGCAUCACCGAGGCUGUGGUUUGGGGCACUGCACAGGACUCGCCAGCCAAGAAACGACUAAUUGUUCGCCAGAUUGUGCUGCAUUUGCUCGAGCAUCAUCUACAACUCGAUAGCAAGGAUGUGCAAUAUAUCGCCGCCGAACUGGAUCAAGUUUACAAGCUGUCUCCUUGGUUCAAGGUGAAGAAACUGAAAACCAAACUGCCUCUGGAUCAGGACACAGAUGCGGAGGCAGUUAGUCCGCACGUUAUUCGCUGCUACGAUGAAUUGGCACAGCAAUUGCACGGCUUAAAUGAACUGCCCCUGGAGAUUGUUUCGAUAUCGGGCACCUCACCCGUCUUUCGCUACUGCGAACCCGAGCCAGUUCUUCCACAAGCACGAAUAGUAGAAAACCACAUCCUGGCCAGCCAAGUGCAGCGGAUCAUCAUCCAGCUGGGUCAAAGCGGAAAGUGGCCAAACGAACUGGCUGCCUUGCGUGCUCUUAAAACAGCUUUCCUCAUUGAGAUUGGCGAGAAGCUGGAAGCGCAGUGCCACCUGCAAUGGAGGAUGACCGCCGAGGGUCUUUUGGUUGUCAAGCAUGGCUACUGUUUCCUUAUAGAGCUGGCCCACAACAAGGAACUGGCGCUGCUCAAGCAGGAGGUCACUGAGCGCGGCAUAACCACGUACGUGGACAAUCCCGCCAGUCGUUUGCUAGAGCGCCAGCAUUACAUCCUGCCCAAAGUAAGCGGCGCUCUGCACUCGCUUCAUCAGACGCACUCCGCCUUCGGUCCCACUGUGCUGCUGGCCAAGCGAUGGCUGGCCACCCAACUGCUGGACGAUGGUCUGUGGCCUGACAUGGUCACCGAGCUCCUGGUGGCGCAUCUCUACCAGCAGCGGUGUGCGCCACAGCCGAUAGCGGCUCCCCAAACUGGAUUCAUUCGCUUCCUGCAGCUGCUCGCGCACAGCGAUUUUAAUGGCGAGCUUUUCCUGCUUAACUUCAACAAUAGCUGGCAGGAGCAACAAAUUGCUGAUCUGGAGCACAGCUACCGCGGUGAACGGCAGAGCUAUCCUCCUUUGGCGGUGGCCACAUCCUACGAUAUGCAGCACGCUGGACGCCUGUGGACCUCAGAUCAAUCCCCUAGCCAAAGGGUUUUGGGGCACGUGACCCGGCUAGCUAAGCAUGCCCUCGAAAUCAUCGAAACUAGUCUUAUGUCCCAGGAUCUGAGGUUUGUGCGUCCAGCGCAAUUAUUCCGAGCUUCCAACGAGGGUUACGAUUUGGUCAUACAAAUUAAGCCGGAUCUGGUGCCAAACUCAUUGAGCUACGAUCUUGGAUCCCCAUUCGUCUCCUUUGGCCAACCCAAUUUCAACUUGCCUCGGGCAGGAUUAAAUUAUCUGGCAAGGAUUGUGACACAACUGAGGUCAGCAUAUUCAGACUUCGCUGCCUUUUUCUACAACCCUCACGGCGGCAAAGAAUUGGCUAUUGUCUGGCGGCCACCCACUGAAUUCGCACCAAAGCCCUUCAAGGUUACCGAGCUGCAAGCUUGCAGUCCUUGUGAAAACGGGAAAGUACAAGUUGUUAAAGAGACUCUGAUAGAGGACUUUAAACUGCUGCUUAAAGACUUUUACCUACGCAUUGCCACGCCAGAGGAACUUCGUCGGGAACAGCGAGAGCAUCAGCAACCUAAGAGGUACUUCAAUGCAAAGGAGACAAAGGAGGAGUCCGGUCCGAAACCCAAAAAGCAGAAGACACUAAAGGACGCUGAACAGAAGGCACCGCCCAAAAAGAAGGUUCUGGUCAAAAGCAAGUCCCUAAAAGCCUUAAAAUAGUGAUAGCCAUAGCUUAUGGACUAUAAGUGUAAGUUAUUACAAAUAGAUAAUUUUUAAACAAAGUUAAGGAUUGUGAAAUAAAUUUUUUUAAUGCUCUCAUCCUA